AUGGUAUGCGAUGAUCCAUGUAGGCGUUACCCUUGCGGUCACGACGACCAUCUUGUCGAACUGGCAGGGUCCGUCGUCAUGGGCACAUCGCAACGAGAUCGUCUCCUGUGCAACUUCGGAUAUUAUGUAAAUGGACCUCCUCCACCAAGCUACGAAGAGGCAGUUCAGGGGACAGGAGGCACCAGCAUGGACACCGAUGAUAUGGAGCCUUUUGUCCCUCGUUAUCCAUUCUAUCCGCGGUUGACGGAUAUCGCUUCGGAGAAGAGACGAAUCGAUGACACUUGCACAGCUUAA